AAAGGCUCGCGGGGUUCACUGGGCCUCCCGCGUUGGAGAUGGGGGACCUUGCCGCGGCCCCGCUCCCCUCCAACGGAGCAGGGGUCAGGGUGCCCGACCCCGGGUUGCAACAGCCGAAGAGGGGGCGCAGGACUGAGCCUCCCACGCGGCACUUGGGGGUACCCUGCUACCGGCACCCGGAGAAGCGAAGCCCCAGACCGAGCUCAGGGUGCGGCCCUCACCCGCAGCUCAGCGCUCAGCCUCCGCACGUCCAGCCUCGCGGCUGAGUACGAGCUCCGGGAUGCCACCUCCCAGCGGGGCCAGCCGCCCCCCACCAGACCCGUCUGCUCCGUGCCGAGCUGGACGUCUGGCGCUCUCUGGGACUAGAACUAGAGGGGGACCCCUCGGGGAGGCCCUUUCUGGCACCGCCCUGUAAACAAACGCAUCUAAUAAGGUUCCCUCUGCCUGCUCCGGCGGCCUGCAAGGCACGUUACCGCCCUGAUCCCUCAGUCUCCUCAUCUGUGAAAUGGGGAGCAAGAGCACCUACCAGCCGCGUUGCUAGGAGGAUUCUGUAGGCGGACGAUGGGGCAUGUUCCGUAAUAUAGGGGUGGCCCCUGGCUUGGGGUCAAGGGGAGGAGGAUUGUUUCUAGGACAGGCUGGUUCAGGGGCGGGCAUUGAACCCUAAGGCUAAGGACAUCUGAUAGAGCACUUUCAAGCCUUGGGCGCCCUUGGUCACAUCUGUGUGAAUCCCUCCAGUCACCCGGGAGUUACCAGUUCUUAUCAUUCCCAUUUCGCAGAUGAGGAGACUGAGGCUCAGAGAGGUCACAUGGCUUGCUCGAGGCCCCCCAGCCAGUGUGACCCCACCACCUUGCCCCCCGGGCCACCUGCAGGACGCUGGCCCCUACCCCUCAGCAGACGCCGGAGAGAGAUGAGUAACAACAAAGAGCAACGGUCAGCAGUGUUUGUGGUCCUCUUUGCUCUCAUCACCAUCCUCAUCCUCUACAGCUCCAACAGUGCCAACGAGGUCUUCCACUACGGCUCCCCGCGCGUGCGUCAGCCCUUCAACCUCAAGAAGUGGAGUUUCUCCAACGCCUACUUCCCUAUCCUGGGAAACAAGACGCUGCCCUCCCGGUGCAACCAGUGCGUGAUCAUAACCAGCUCCAGCCACCUGCUGGGCACCAAACUGGGCCCUGAGAUUGAGCGGGCCGAGUGUACCAUCCGCAUGAAUGAUGCUCCCACCACUGGCUACUCGGCCGACGUCGGCAACAAAACCACCUUCCGCAUAGUGGCCCAUUCCAGUGUGUUCCGUGUGCUGAGGAGGCCCCAGGAAUUCGUCAACCGAACCCCUGAGACGGUGUUCAUCUUCUGGGGCCCCCCCAAAAAGAUGGAGAAGCCACAGGGCAGCCUCCUGCGAGUUAUCCAGCGGGCGGGCCUUGCAUUCCCUAACAUGGAGGCCUACGCCGUCUCUCCCGCCCGCAUGCAGCAGUUUGACGACCUCUUCCGGGGUGAGACGGGCAAGGACAGGGAAAAAUCCCAUUCCUGGUUGAGCACGGGCUUUUUUACCAUGGUGAUUGCGGUGGAGUUGUGUGACCAUGUGCACGUGUACGGCAUGGUCCCUCCCGACUACUGCAGCGGCCCCGCGAGCAGCGCAUGCCAUACCACUACUAUGAGCCCAAGGGGCCCGACGAGUGUGUCACCUACAUCCAAAACGAGCACAGCCGGAAGGGCAAUCACCACCGCUUCAUCACCGAGAAGAGGGUCUUCUCAUCCUGGGCCCAGCUCUAUGGCAUCACCUUCUCUCACCCCUCCUGGACCUAGCUAACCCACCCGUGCAGUCUCGGAGAGAUGCAGGCAAAGUGGCUCUGGUUCAGCCAUUUGGCCAUGGCCAUCUUCCAGCCAGUUUGGGCUGACUGGAGUAUUUCCCAGCCAAUCAAAUCAGGGCUUUGAUGAGGGUUUUUCCUCCAGCCAAUCAGGGCUGGGGUUAUCUCUUGGUCAAUCAGGGAUUUGGAAUUCUGUAUGGUUUAAUCAGGUGUCAGGGGGUCUUUCUUGUCUAGUCAGGGUCUGAGCAUAGUCAAUCAGGGUAUAGGGGUCCUGCUGAGUUAGUCUGAGGCUUAGGUCAUGUCCUUUCCCGUAGACCUUGCAUCAGAGCCCCAGGAAUUGGCCCCAUAUCACCCCCUCCUUAGCUGGGACAAAGAGGUCCUCUCUCAAGGAUCUGGGAACUUUGUGUUGCCCCACAGUUCUUUACUCAAAGAUACUAUAUGGGGUAGGAGCUGUCUGGAGGCCAGGCCAGAGACGUUGUGGAGUUCUAGAAAUGGUAGGGAGGGCUGAGAAGUAGGAGGCGGGUAUCCAGGUCCUGGCUUCUUCCUGAGUGACCUUGGACAAGCCCUCCUCUCUCUGGCGCGCUAUGAUGACAUGAUGACAUCACACUCCUGUGUGCAGACAGAGACCCUUACUCUACAGUAAACUCAAGUGAAAUUCCUCCAGCUGUCGUCGUCACUGGGGGACUCAGCUCCCUGGGGAUGGGAGCCUGGGGUGCCCUUCCCCACCUCCUAGAGACUUCAGGGUAUUUUUGUGUAAAUACCCUUAUAGUUGAGGAACUCUGAGGAAGUGGGGCAAACAUGCACCUGUUUUCUUAGCCCCUCUCAGUCCAGCUGCCAUUAGCCUGGCUCUCGAAAGGCCAGGCGUCUCUUCCUGCCUUGCAGCAGGUGAGUGUUCCCUCUGCCCAAAGAGCCUUUGGGAUGGAGACGGGAUCUCCCAGCCACACCAGGGCAGCCCUUUGUUUAGAGAUGCUGAGGGCUUUGGGGAGAAGUGCCCCCAAGUUUGGAAUGGGAAUAGAGAGAGACAGGAGCUGGUUACCUGGGUUCUGUCCCCUGCUCAAGCACUUUACUAAGGUUGGGCCUGGGUGUAUUUAAGGCCACUCUCACACAGCCUGCAAGGGAAGGCCCUCCAGCGGAGGCUGUGGAGUGUCUGUGUGCGAGGCUGGGGGCUGGCCAGCUCCGAGUCCUUGUAUACUGAGAUAAUGGGGGAUCAGUGACAGCCCCAGAGAUCUGGUUUUGUAACGAUUUAUACAGAAAUAAACACACCUAAGCCCCA